AUUACAUUCCUAACCUGGAAAUCCUUGAAUGUUGUCAUCUGUCUUUCUGAUAGAUUCCAUAUGUUUAUUUAUUUUCUUUAAAAAAUAAAAUAUUAUGGACGAGCAAAAUAUUCCCAUUGAUAUUCACGUGAACAAACUGCUGGACUGGCUUGUGAGUCGUCGACAUAUAAAUAAAGAAUGGCAGAAAGGCGUAUUGGAAAUACGAGAAAAAAUCAACAAUGCAAUCCAGGAUAUGCCAGCUCACGAUGGUAUAGUUAAAUUGUUAUCAGGACAACACAUAAACUACUUCCACUGUUUGAAGAUUGUUGAAAUCCUCAAAGAAACGGAAGCUGAUUCUAAGAAUAUAUUUGGUCUUUACGGUUCACAACGAAUGAAAGAUUGGCAAGACAUAAUUUCUUGCUACCAGAAAGAUAACAAAUAUCUUGCGGAAGUUUCUCAGAUUCUGUUGAGAAAUGUAAGCUACGAAAUCCCCAACUUGAAGAAACAAAUUAACAAGUUGGGGCAGGUUCAAUUAGAUUGCCAAAAGAAAAUUAAGGAAUACACUAAAACAGAAGUGACUUGUUUGAAAGAAUUUGAAACCUUAUGUAAGCAACUGGGAAUUCCUGGCAAAAACAUUAAGAAUGAACUUUUGGAGCUCAUCAAAGACCUACCAGAAAUUUAUGAGAAAUCUGCUGAAAAACUGAAAGCAGUUGCACCAGCGAUAGAUUUAUAUGAAGCCUUCACCGAGUAUCUAGCUGGCGAAAAACGUGAAGUUCUUAAAACCUUGAAAUAUUUGGUCAAACAUGGAAAUACAACAACUUAUGAAUAUGUGAAGGGAAGAAAACCAAUUAAAAUUGAUACACCAGAAGCAAAAUCGCCCUCAGAAGGUACAGACAAUACUUCAAGCAAUGAAAUAGAUUUUGGAGAUGAUAUAGACUUUGGAGUUGUGAACGAAAGUAUUGACUUUGAAAUUAGUUUGAUCGAUGAGAAUGCCGAUGGCUCUGCAAAAACUGAUGAUGAAUUUGAAAUAAUUGAUCAUUCCGAUGCAAGUUCUAAAAGUGCAGAUAUUGAAAUUGAGGUAGUUGAUGACAAUGGUAUAGCCACAGGUACUGAUGCAUUAACUUUAUUGGAUAACCCCUCAACAAGGGAAAAUAUCAUAAACAAUCUUCUUGAACUACAGGCAUUCUUAAAAUUACGUACUUUUGAAAUAAACCAAGAAUCUGAUCUUUUAUGGAUUCCUCAAAUGCAAAACACACCUUCAAUCAUUCAGCUUCAGAACUUAGAAACAAUAAGUGCACUUAUGGACGUAGUUAGUGAAACUUUCAAUGAAAUCACUGAUAAAAGGACCCUGCAUCUGCAUAAUCUGAAGCACUCUACAAACUAUGUAGAUAUUUUGACUUCCCAGUUAAAUCAGAAACUAUCGCAAGUGAACAGAAUGAAAACAUCUAAAGCUGACAUGGAAACCAAAGUGUCCAACUGCCAGAAAGAAGCUAAAGAGUUAGAAAAGCAGACUUUGAGGGUUAUAACUCAAACAAAAGAGAUCCAGAAGCAAAUUGAACAAGAUGUGUCAGCUAAGUAUAAGGGGAGAGUUGUAAAUUUAGUUGGUGCUAUAAGUGUUUUGAAAUUGAGCUGAAAUUUUCUGUGUAUAUGAUUUUAUAAUAAUAUAUAGGGUUUAUUAAAAUGGUUAUGCUUGUUA